AUGCAAAAAGUUGAAGUUAAUGAUCUUCCACCAAAACCAGCAGUAGUUAAAAAUAGAGUUCAAGAUGUUAUUAUAAUUAAAAGAAAUGGUUUUGGUGAUAAACAAAUGGUUGUUCCUCCACCUCCAAUGAAAACUUUUAUAAAUCAAUCAAACUCAAAUAAUGAAGAUUCAAGUAAUACUACAACUACAACUACAACUACAAGUACAAGUACAACUAAUAAUUCUACUUCAAAAUCAAACAAAUCAACUCCAUUAAAUAAACAAUUUGGACAAUCAAAACUUCAAGAUUCUUCACCUAAACCAAAAGCUCGUCCUAUAAUACCACCACCUAAAAUAAUCACUCAAAUACCUGCUGAUCCUCAUAAUAUAUUGAAAAAACAAAAAAUUGAUACUAAACUCCUUUUUCCAAAAUCACCAAUACGGAGAAGACCAAAACCUAUUAGAUCAAUUUCAAAGGAUUCAUCAACAAAGGAAUCAACCCCCAAUCCAAAUAAUUUAGAAAAAAAUCCAAAUUUAAAUUCAUCAACUCCUCAAAAUGAAAAUAAAAUGGAAAAAAAUCAAGAUAAUAGUGAAAACCUUAAAUCCAUUGUUGAUUUACGGGAUGAUACAGCUUCUCCCGAUUUUUUUGAUGAUAUUGAUAAUGAUCAUGAUAUGGGUGGUUUUUCACCAUCAAUUUCACCUAAUUCAUCUCGUCGAAAUUCAACAAAUAUUAAUAAUAUAUCAGAAUCUUUUAAUAAGGAUAAUAAUGAUAAAUCUGAAGAUUUGAGUGAUAUAGCGAAAAUGUAUGCAGAAAAUAACACAAUAGCUAAAAAUAUUGGUGAUAAUAAAACUUUAGAAGAACAAAUACCCAUCUUAAUCAAGGCACAACCUUUAGAUACAAAUGAAUAUGCAAGUCAUAUUCAAAAACUUGCAAAAAUUUUAUAUGAUGAAAAAUAUGAUCCCAAAUAUGGUGAAAAAUUACAUUUAAAAUUUUUAGAAUUAUUAGAUAUAAUUGAAGAAUUUGUAAAUUAUUCAAAUCCAUUAAAAUCUCAAUUAUAUUUAAUUAUUGAAAGAAAUUUUGAUAUUUUAAUUCAAAUUGGUACAAAUUAUAAAAUCCUAGAUAUUUCAACAAAAGUUAUAAGAUUUUUAACUACAGUAAUGAUUAAUUUGAAUUAUUGGGAAUUAUAUAAUUUAUUACAAUGGAAACCUUCAAUUUAUCAUUUUAUAAAUUUAAUUAAUUUAGAUAUUAAUGAAAUUUAUCAAAAAUUUUUAAAUGAUUAUCAAAAUUAUUCAUAUAAUAAAAUUCAACAACCUUUACCAUUUCCAAGAUCAAGAAUUAGAAUGAGAAAACGUAAAAUUAAAAAAAUUAUUGAUGAUUUAGAUUUAACUGCUGAAGAAAAAGAAAGAACUGCUAAAUUUUUUUCAUUAAAUCCCGAUACUGCAGAUCAUGAUAGAUAUAUUGCUGAUAUUGUUUCUGGUAGAAAUAAACAAAAAAGAACUUUUAGACCAGAUGUUAAAUUACAACAUCAUAAAAUUAUUAAAAAACCAAUACCUCAAGCUGAUAAAUCUACAGCAAAAUCUUCAAAUUAUGAUCCUGAUGUUGUUCAUGAAUGUCAAUUACCUUCAGCAGAAAUUCCUCAUAAAUUAUGUUUAAGAAGAUUUUCUCGUAAAUAUGAAUUAAUUCGUCAUCAAGAAACUGUUCAUUCAAAAAAGAAAAAAUUAUUUAAAUGUUAUGUAUGUGUAAAACAAAAUCCAGGAGUUGGACCAAGAAUUUUUACUCGUCAUGAUACUUUAGCAAAACAUAUAAGAGUUAAUCAUGAAAUAUUUGGUAAAGAAGCAAAAGCAGAAGUUGCAUAUUCAAAAAAACAUGCAGAAGUUGUUGAAGAAGGUGAUAUAACUGUUCAUGUUGGUAGAAGAAAAACUAAAGUUGAUUUUGAAUUAAGAGCUCAUAUGGAAAGAACAGGUAGUGAUUCAUUUGGUGGAUAUUUAGAAACAAGUGAUUUAGAAUCAGGUGAUGAAGAAGUUAUAUUUAAUGAUCCAAAUAGGCAAAUUUAA